UAUCUGUCUUGAAGAAUGAUUGUUCUUGCAAUUGGAUUGUUUUUUCAGUCAGCAGCUCUCCUUUCUGUCGGGAUUCUAUAUGAGGGAUCGGCACAUCCCCAAACAAUGCAAAUUCUUCUGGGUGAAAUUGGUCGUAGGAGUGGAGGAGAUAAUGUGCUUGAAAGGGAGGGAUAUGCAGUUGCAGCUGGGUUUUCACUGGGAUUGGUUUCUUUGGGUCGUGGAGAAGAUGCUCCUGGCUUCGUGGACUCUUUGGUUGAUCGGUUAUUCCAGUACAUCGGUGGCAAGGAACCUCAAAAUGAGAGGUUCCAUCUUUUUGUUCCAUCUAUUGAUGAACUUAAUCAGAGUGCAGGACAGAUAAUGGACGGCACUGCAAUCAAUGUUGAUGUUACUGCACCUGGAGCUACCAUUGCCAUUGCUCUUAUGUUUUUGAAGACAGAAUCAGAGUUGGUUUAUUCUAGGUUAUCUAUCCCGCAGACACAUUUUGAUUUACACUAUGUUCGACCUGAUUUUAUAAUGCUCCGUGUCAUUGCUCGGAAUUUGAUAAUGUGGAGCAGAGUUCAUGCAUCUGAAGAAUGGAUUCAAUCUCAAAUUCCGGAGGUUAUUCAAAAUGGUGUGAAAGGCCUUGGUGAUACCAUGAGUGACCCAGAUGAGAUAAAUGUUGAUGCAUUUGUUCAGGCAUAUGUUCACAUAGUAGUCGGUGCCUGCAUUUCUCUUGGUAAGCCUAAGUUCAUAAGAAAGGGAUGCCCCCACAAGUAUGGCCGCCAAUGUUGGAUUGCUUUAGCAAGGCCAAUCAGCUCCCUUUCAUAUGCAGCUAAUUUUUGGCGACAAGCUGCCAACUGUCGGCUGAAACAUGUUAAGAAAUUUCCGAGUAAUCCUCCAGAACUUCUGGUAUCAUCUUGUCAAUUGAAUCAUCUAAUUCCAGAGUUGUUUGCACUGGUAAGCUUAGCUAUUGGUUUCUUGUUUAUUGGAGGUGGAAUGCAGACUUUUUCGACUAGCAAAAGUUCUAUUGCUGCUUUACUAAUAACACUAUAUCCGCGAUUGCCGACUGGACCUAAUGACAAUCGGUGCCACCUUCAGGCUUUUCGGCAUUUGUAUGUUCUUGCAACAGAAGCUCGCUGUGUUCAGACAGUUGAUGUGGACAGUGGUUUACCUGUCUAUUGUCCAUUAGAAGUUACUGUUCAAGAGACAGAACAAUAUGCAGAAACGAGUUUUUACGAGGUUACCCCAUGCAUUCUUCCAGAACGUGCUGUUUUGAAGGCUGUUCGUGUCUGCGGUCCUCGAUACUGGUCUCAAGUCAUCAAUCACAUUCCUGAGGAAAAACCAUGGAGCUCAGGGGACAAGGGUGAUGCACUUAGUUCUGGUAUUCUCUAUGUCAAGAGAAAGGUUGGUGCAUGUUCCUAUGUCGAUGAUCCUGCGGGGUGUCAGUCACUGCUGUCGCGAGCAAUGCACAAGGUGUUUGGUUUGACACGUUUGAGAGCUUCAGCUGCGAGUAGAAAUUGUCAAGAUGGUGACUUGGUAGAUCAGUUGAUCAGUACUUUCUCGUCUAACCCAAGCUUAAUUUCGUUUGCCCAGCUCUGCUGUGACCCUAACUGGAAUAGCAGAUCUGACAUUGACUUCCAAGAAUUUUGCUUACAAGUGCUAUUUGAGUGUGUAAGCAAGGACAGGCCAGCCCUAUUACAGGUUUAUCUGUCGCUAUACACUACUAUUGGUUCCAUGGUUGAUCGGGUUACUAGUAGUUCCAGCAAUUUACAGGACACACUCUUCAUCUCAAGUCUGAAGAUAGCACUGGCCUACAAUAAUGGUUUGCUUAGUAAAAGAUCAACAAGUUCAAAGGAGGGAAUCGUGCAAUCAACUUUUCUUGGUUCGGUAAAGAAGUGGGUGGAGAAGAUCCUUAGUUCAUCUCUGGAAUUUCAGGAAUUUUCUACGUACAUCAAGUCUGGAAGAUGGCCAACUGAAGAUUGUGGGAGAAGAGCCUCUACUCUUCUUUCUUGGUAUGUACAAUGGUAUAAUGUGCCAUCACCAUUCGAAGUUAAAAGAGCUUUGGACAAAAUCAACGCAGUUAGCACACCCUCUUCAGUCCCUCUUUUACAUUUGGUGUUCCCUAGGACUGAUGUUACUGUCCUCUGUGAGAUCAACAGAGUAGGAUUUUGCUCCCGGGGAUGAUAUUGGAAUAUCCUCUCUAAAUUUUAUUGUUGUUGUAAGUCUAUAUUCUUAAUUAUUAAUUUGUAACGAUAGUAUUGAGUUAAGGGACGGUAAUUGAGGUAUUUUUGGUAGGAUA